AUGCUCAUCGCACAUCGCUUCACAGCCUGGGUGCGCUCGCUCACCCUCCUCUGCAUUCUGAUCAAUGCAUUCCCCGCCCUGGCCUGGCAAUCCGCCUGCACGUCGUUCAACCUAACUGAUAUUGCUGGUGUUUCGCUUGUUGGUACAACGUACUAUGCUGCAAAUACCACGGUCAAUAUCACAAACGAGUUUUCGAGCAUCGAUGUCGACAAUCUUCCUGGCUUCUGCCGCGUCGAAGUCAGGAUUACGACGAACGCCACCGGUAAUUCAUCAUGCAAUACCGAGGUAUGGCUCCCAGACGAGUGGAAUGGUCGAUACUUGACCAUAGGCAAUGGAGGAUUUGCUGGUGGAGCCUCUGUUGCAGACUUGGGUACUAUUGCCAUUGCUCAAGGCUUCGCGGGCAUGUCUACGGAUACUGGACACACUGGUUCCGCAAUUGACGGGUCAUGGGCAGGGCCUCACAACGACAAUGCCAUUGUCGACUUCGGCUGGCGAGCUCUACACCUCAGUGUCGGCACUGGGAAGGAGAUUGUGCAGCAGUACUACGGCGAAGCACAAACUUACUCGUACUAUAUGGGUUGUUCUACAGGAGGACGGCAAGGACUCAAAGAGGUGCAAAUGUUUCCAGAUGACUUCGAUGGCGCCAUUGUUGGUUCCCCGGCAAAUUGGUUAACUCAUCUUUUCGAUUGGAGUAUCAAGAUGGCCCUGGAUGUGCAACCGACCAAUUCUUCGAGGUUCAUUGACACAUCGCUUUGGAUUGACGUCAUCCAUCCCGAGGUUUUGAGACAAUGUGAUGCUCUUGACGGGCUCGUCGACGGGAUCAUCAACGAUCCCAGGUACUGCCUUUUCCGACCAGAGACACUCACAUGUCACCCUGGACAAAACACGUCUACUUGCCUGACGAUCCCACAAGUUGAAGCGCUACUCAAGAUAUAUGCAGCUUAUUACGAGACUAACCAGACGUGGAUAUUCGGCGGGUACUAUCCAGGUGGCGAGGUUGCAUUUGCUGAGAGUGGCCUUGUCACCGCCGUACCGUUCCAGCUCAACGUAGAGUGGUUCCUAUACUUCAUCGCGAACGAUACAGAAUGGACCAUCUACGACUAUAAUGUGUCCGUGGUAGAGUUGUCAGAUCAGAUCAAUCCUGGCCAGGCAAACGCAAUCAACCCCAACCUCACUGCAUUCGCAGGGUCGGGGCGCAAUGGGAAGGUCAUACAGUAUGUCGGCUGGGCAGACCAGUUGAUCAGUCCUGGAAACUCGCUCCAUUACUACGAGACAGUGCACGCUUUCACACAAGCGUACACUGAGACGGAUAUCAACGAUUACUAUCGCUUGUUCACUGUCCCCGGAAUGAAUCACUGCGGAUAUGGUGCGAACGCAUUCGGGGGUGUGUUGCAGGCUUCAAGCGGGAUGCCACCUCUUUCCAACGAUCCUGAGUAUAACAUCCUCUCUGCGCUUGUGCAAUGGGUCGAAGAAGACGUAGCGCCCGAGUCCCUCUCCGCUGUAUACUACAACGACAACAAUGUCGAGAACGGGAUAGGGUUCAUACGACCACUUUGCCAGUAUCCACUGAGCCUGCAGUAUAUUGGCGGAAACUCGACGACCCCAGAGGCAUUCGCGUGUGUCUGA